UGUAUUUAAAUUUAUAAAUUUGUUGAAUUAAUUUCUAUCAUAAAAUAUUUUCCAUGAAUCAGAAAUAAAAUUUUCUUAAACUAAAAUUUGCACAGAAUAAUCGAAGAAUAAAGUUUUUGUUAUACUAAAACUAAAUUCACCAUACAUAAGCCUCUUAAUUUUUUAUUAGAAUAAAUUGAUAUUUAUAUAUUCAAAUGUGUUUGUAUUUAUUAUUUAUUAUAUAUAUCUGAAGUCGAUAGAAACAAAGCUGUGCUCUAUAUAUACAUACUGUGUAAGCAGUAUAAAUUUGUUGCUAAAAUAAGAGUCAUUAUGUUUGCGCAUGUUUCUGUUUGAGAUAAACAGAAAUGUUUCCGUCUAUAUGGUCUAUCACAACAAACUGAAUAGUCCUUCAAUAAGGAGCUAUGUGUCACAGACGAAAUAUUUCCAUAAUUUUGCCUUAAAUAAAAUGAUUUAAAGUUUUCUCGUUUUGUGAAAGUGAAAAUGGAUCCAAACAUCGACGAUUACACAUUCGAAAGCAUACUCGGCAAGGGAACCUUUGGAACUGUGUACUUGGUGAGAAGAAAGAAAGAUUUAAAGCCAUUUGUUAUAAAAAAACAGGAUUUAAAUGCGAUCAAAUAUUCACCCUCCAAGAGAGCAUUAGGCGAGAUACGAUGCCUGAAAAAAUUGAGACAUCCAAAUAUAGUAUUUUAUUACGGAGCAUGGAAGAAAAAUAAUCAUAGCUAUAUUCUUAUGGAGUAUGCAACUCGAUGUACUCUCAAGGAUUUGUUGGAAAAACGAAAAAUACCACUUAAAGAGGAGGAUGCACUAUACUUGUUUUCGCAAGUUAUUUUAGGAGUACAUCAUAUUCACUCAAAUAAAAUUCUUCAUCGAGACCUAAAACCAGAAAAUAUUAUGUUGACUGGCAGCCGCGGAGAUAUCGUUAAAAUCGGCGAUUUUGGUCUCGCAAAAAGUAUUCAAGAAGAUUCAAUAACUUGUCACGCAGGAUCUUACUAUUAUAUGGCUCCAGAAAUGUUCACUGUACACUCGUACGAGCUUAAGUGUGAUAUAUGGAGCCUGGGUGUUAUAUUAUACGAAAUGAUUACAAAGAAACUUCCAUUUCCAGCUACGAGUCUAGAGGAGAUUACGAAAUUAGUGUUCAACAGUCCACCGCGGCCUGUACCACAACAGACAUCAGCAUCCGUCAUUAAUCUAAUAUCGAAAAUGUUGAGGAAACAAAGUUCGUGCCGACCCCGCACUGAUCAGCUCGUACUUUGCCCUUUUCUUGCCCCUUACAUCGUUCGAGUAUACCUAAACCUCGGGCUGCAAUUGUAUCCGGACAUGUGGUGGAUUUUAUUACUGAGCUGUUGGCCGUAUCCGUUAUCGUGGAGCAUAACUUGGUAUCCUCCGAUUGCCUUAAAUGCUAUGCUCGGAGAACAAGUCGAUCUCGUGGGCGCAGUUAACGCGACUUCCGGUUGGACGAGAAAUACCGCGAACAAUGAAGAUUUCAAUGAUGCGGUCAACGGUUCAGAAUCCGGCAUCAAUCCGGGCCAGCCUCCCGUCAUCAAUUCCGUCGAUCGCGAACCACUGGACGAAGUGGAGCGCAUCGAACCUAGGCAAUGGCCAGGCAGACCGGAUAUCCUACCUACUCGCAGCACAGAGCCUUUUACCACGGAAACAUCUUUAUCGCCCAGAUCUCCGCAGCCUACUACGCUAGCACAGAGACAUCCUUCCACGCAAAGAUAUCCUACAGUUACCGUACCACCUCCGACGGUCACUGUUGAUGAAGUCUUCUGCGAUUUCGGACCGAUUCCGUCAAUGCCACUUUGCGAGUGGCAAAAUGGUAAUGGCGCUUUGGAAUGGACUCCAGGUACCGGAAUGGGAACAAACUGGUUGGGUGGACCAUCGAUCGACGCCACCAGCAGCACUAUGGACGGAGGAUACGCCUUUCUGGAGACAUCGCAAGUAUCUUCAAAGGAUCUGAAGUUCAAAAGCGCAGGAGGUCUUCUGCAUAGUCCACAGUUAGGUAGCACUGGAGUCGCUGGUACCUGUUUCAUGUUCAAAUAUACCAUGGACGGUCUCAGUAUCGCAGGACUGCGAGUAUUGCUUCAUGUCGGUGUGGACGAUUUCUCUUUUAAGAAGGAAGAAACCGAGGAAUUGCCUAUAGAAAAUACCACAACGGCAAAACCCUGCGAACCAGUAGAAGUCGUGGAGGAGCGUGUACUGUGGCAUGCGCAGUAUUACACGCUCGGAGUAUGGCAGCAGGCUCAAAUACUGUACACUUAUCCUGAGUUACAUUCGGUGAUUAUUGAAGGCGUUCCGGUGGAUUCCACAGACCCGUCGCGUCUCUAUCGUGGGUAUAUUGCCAUCGAUGACAUAGAUUUGCAACCUGGUACAUCAUGUAUUGGAUUCUGCAACUUUGCCGGUGGUUUCUGCGACUGGAACAACGAUGCGGAAGACGAUUUUGAUUGGAUAUAUAUAAAAUUCCCCCCAAAGAUUAGUCGCGGAAGCGGAAAUCCCACGACCGGGCCAGCAAUGGACAGUUCCAGUGAUCGUGCCACAGCCGGUGGUUACGCUUUCAUCGACUCCAGCUUUCCGCGAAGACCCGGUGACACGGCGAAAUUGAUAAGCUCAAGCUUUCCAGCAACCAGCGCUGACAUGCCAAUGUGUAUGCACUUCUGGUUUCACAUGUUUGGAUCCGGGAUAGGCUACCUGAAGCUCUUUUUACGUCACUUUCGCAGUUCAGAUAGUCAGGAGAUAUGGAGUCUGUCCGGAAAUGCCGGCAACGCUUGGUUCAUGUCGCAAGUCACGAUCAGUUCCCUCGACGAUUUUCAGCUAAUUUUCGAAGCAUCGGUAGGGAAUACCGGCAUGGGGGAUAUCGCCAUCGAUGAUAUCUCGUAUGGAUUAGGUGCUUGCCCUGUUUCGCCGCAAGUGGCCGGCCCGAUACCACGGGAUUGUACCUUCGAGGUCGAUGAAUGCGAUUGGAUCAAUUCGCGGGAUCCAGAUCGUGUCGAAUGGGAGAGACUGUCCACCCAGGUGUUAGGCCCGAGAAAUCAGAGGAAGCCAUACAGCAACGGACACACGGUUAAUCGACGCAACGAAUACUUCCUGGGAUUGGGACGUCUUCGGGGUGCUUCGCGAUCGUCCGGAGGUGGUACCGCUCAAUUGGUCAGUCGAGAGAUGAAGGGUACAGAGGAACCGCUCUGCAUUACGUUCUGGUAUUUUAUGUUCGAGCCAUUCAUCGAUUCCACAGGUCCUAGUUUGGGUGUCUUGCGAUUGUACGUGCAAGCAGUCGGCGAUAUUUCGACGGAAGCUAAACCGAUAUGGCAGCUGUACAACAAUCAAGGUCCCACAUGGAGCUAUGCUCAGGCUAACAUCAAUGAAAAUACGAAUUUCAAUAUCGUGUUCGAAGGCACAUGGGGUCCGAAUAGAGCAAGUGGUAGUGUAGGAAUCGAUGAUAUCUCCUUUUAUACAGGCAAUUGCAGCGUAAAACCAUUGAGUGCAGCCGUUCGCGCGGAAGAUUGCAGCUUCGAGAAGGAUUUGUGCGGAUGGGAGAACAUAACUGUAUCCGAUAACGAUCGGGCCGUGAUGUGGCAGCGUGCGUUUCAAACUCAUCGACCGGCUCAACUAUUGGAUAGGACCUUUGGUGCAACCGGCGACUUUGUCUUCUUCGAUAUCUUCACGACGAAUAAGCAAUCGACGAAAGUUAAAUUGCGAUCGCCCAUCAUCGACGCUUCACCUGAUGAGGAGUUUAUGUGCUUCACUUUCUGGUUCGCCGCGUUCGGUGUGGAAGAGUCCACUGCUUUGCGAGUAAUCAAGAUGCCUAGCGAAAAGGCUGAUGAGGAAAACGAGGACGAGCAAGGACAACCACUAUGGUCACUAACAGCUAAAGGGUUUAACAAUCCACGACCAGUAUGGAUGCCAGCCCAAGUGACAAUCGAAGCACGAAUUCCAUAUCGACUUAUUCUCGAAGGAAGCGCCAGUAAUGGAGGUUUUGCUGUCGACGACAUAAAAUUUCAGCCUUUAACCUGCGCAACUCGGCCAGCCAGUGCUCAACCAAUUGUAAAUGCGAUAUAA